AUGUUGACUGUCCAUAAAAUGCAAUUGAGCAUCUUCCUGCUGUUUUGGGGAUGGGUUUUAUCUACAGAAUGCAGAGCUCACUGGCAAGGAAAAGAAAUACAUGAAGUCUACAAGAAGGGCAGUCGGCCCCAGAGACAGAGAAGAGAAACACAUGGAGAAUCACACAAGCAAGGCAGUCCAAUACUGAAACGAAGCCCUGAUAUAACCAAAUCGCCACUGACAAAGUCAGAGCAACUUCUGAGAAUAGAUGACCAUGACUUCAGCAUGCGGCCUGGUUUUGGAGGCCCUGCAAUUCCUGUUGGCGUAGAUGUACAAGUUGAAAGCUUGGACAGUAUUUCAGAAGUUGACAUGGACUUCACCAUGACUCUUUACCUCAGACAUUACUGGAAAGAUGAAAGACUAUCGUUUCCAAGUACCAAUAACCAAAGUAUGACCUUUGACGGCAGGCUUGUGAAAAAAAUCUGGGUACCUGACAUGUUCUUUGUACAUUCCAAGAGAUCCUUCAUCCAUGACACCACGACAGAUAAUGUCAUGCUUCGGGUCCAGCCAGAUGGGAAGGUACUUUAUAGCUUGAGGGUCACGGUAACAGCUAUGUGUAACAUGGACUUCAGUCGCUUUCCCCUUGACACACAAACAUGUUCGUUGGAAAUUGAAAGCUAUGCUUAUACUGAAGAUGAUCUUAUGCUAUACUGGAAGAACGGGAAUGACUCCCUGAAAACAGAUGAGAGGAUAUCACUUUCCCAGUUCCUUAUACAAGAGUUUCACACAACCACCAAGCUUGCCUUCUAUAGUAGCACAGGCUGGUAUAACCGCCUGUACAUCAACUUCACAUUACGUCGGCAUAUCUUCUUCUUCUUGCUCCAGACCUAUUUCCCUGCCACUUUGAUGGUCAUGCUGUCAUGGGUGUCUUUUUGGAUAGACCGCAGAGCUGUGCCUGCCAGAGUUCCCUUAGGGAUCACGACGGUGCUGACCAUGUCUACCAUCAUCACAGGCGUCAAUGCUUCCAUGCCUCGGGUUUCAUACAUCAAAGCUGUGGACAUUUACCUUUGGGUCAGCUUUGUGUUUGUCUUCCUCUCAGUGUUAGAGUAUGCAGCAGUGAAUUAUUUGACCACUGUGCAAGAGCGAAAGGAACGGAAGCUGCGAGAUAAGCUUCCCUGCACCUGUGCACUACCUCAGCCAAGGCAAAUGAUGGGAAUGGAUGGCAGCUACAGUGAUGGGGAAGUAAAUGAACUGGGACAGUAUUUAUCUGAAAACGGAGAUAAACAAGACAGAAUGAUGGUCCAGCUGGCACUUGGCUCAGAAAGGAACUCAAGCAGGAGGAAAAACCAGAGAUAUAGCAGCAUGAGGAUUGACACCCAUGCCAUUGAUAAGUAUUCCAGAAUAAUAUUUCCAGGAGCAUACAUUUUAUUUAACCUGAUAUACUGGUCAAUUUUUUCAUAGCUCUUUUUUUUUAGUCAAUUUCAAUGUGGUACAGGAGUUAACUAUAUGAAAGUAAAGCCCACCAGCAAAUAUUGCAAUUGAUACGGUCUCUAUUUUUCUUCAGUUUUUACAAUGUCUGAUACUCUUGUAUGAAAUUCAUAUAAAGUUCUUCCCUGUUCAUUUUAUUGGGGCUUAAGUACAACCCUUCCUGUUUGUGCUG